AACACCAGGAAAGUCUGGAGAUGUUUUGUAAAACUGAUGAGAUGUAUAUCUGCAUGAUGUGUGGAAUGACUAAACAUGAUGGUCAUGAAAAGGUCGAGCUGGAAAUGGAAAGAGAAGUAAAACAGAAACAGCUGGGGGCGACACAGAGUGAAAUUAGGAAGAGACUUGAGAAGAAAGAGAAGAAAAUGAAGGAGACAAGGAAGACAAUAGAACAGAUGAAGACUUUGUCACUCCAUUGUGUCCUUCCUGCUGAUGGAGACUCGCUCAUCUUCACUGUCACCACCGAUUUCUCUCCUAAGGUCCUGCUAAAGGAGCUAUCAUGUCUGAAAAAGCGUGUAGAGAAGAUCAGCGAACAGGACAUCCUGCCUUUGACUCCAUCAGGUCGUGAAACUCCAAUCUUCACCCUACGGCCUCCUGAACCUCAGAGCAGAGAGGAGUUUUUACAAUACUUCUGUCCCCUCACACUGGACAUCAACACGCCACACAGAGACCUCCGUCUGUCUGAAGGGAACAAGAAAGUGACAUAUGAGAGGGCAAAAGCCAAAUAUCCUGAUCAUCCUGACAGAUUUGAUGACUGGCCUCAAGUCCUGUGUAGAGAGGCUCUGACUGGGACUCGCUGUUACUGGGAGGUGGAGUGCAGUGGAGACCUUAUGAAGAUUGGAGUCGCAUAUAAAGGACUGAGAAGGAAAGGACAGGGCAGGGAGUGCCGCCUUGGAUACAACAACAAGUCCUGGUGUUUGCAGUGGUCUCUUUCCCAGUAUUCUGUGCAUAACAAUAACCAGGAGACUGAAAUCAGCGCCCCCUACAGCCCCAGAAUAGGUGUGUAUCUGGACUGGCCUGCUGGCUGUCUGUCAUUUUAUAGCGUCUCACACACAAUGACCCUCCUGCACAGGUUCAACACCUCCUUCACUGAGCCCCUCUAUCCAGGGUUUUGGCUUAAUUAUAACUCAAGUGUAACAAUAAGCCAUCUGGCACCAUGUGAUCACUGAUCCUCUACUUGUCACUUGAUGUCCCCACAAGCUCAGGUUCUCUUUGUUUUUAUAGUUUCAGGUUAAAAUGACUUUAGCAGGAGAACGGAGGGGGUGGGACUGAAGUGCAGUGGCGCCCUCUAGUGGACAUCCGCCAUAUUACACACAUGGGAAAGGUCUGCAGUGAAGGGGGGAGAAAAGAAUACAGUGCAGUGUAAAAGAAAUAAGAAUAAAGUAAAAACACAAAAAUAAAACACCUGAAAUAAAGAACUUUAAAUAUUAUAUCUAACACUAAUUAAGAUUUAAAUGAAUUAAGAGUAAAAUAAGAGUGACACGAUCACACAGUCACAUGACCUUCAGAGCUGACAGGUGAGCUGAUUCUUCCAAUACUAUCUACUUGGAGAGCCACAGCACCAUAGGUCACCGCAGUUGUAGACCCGGAAGUGACGUUUCAGGACUGACUUUGUAACAUUACUUUAGGAAGGUUUCGGCAAAUCUCGGCAAAGCCUGGAAAGUAAAGGACCCGUUCAGAAAUUAAAAGAUAAAACUGAGAAGGAAAAACAGUACAACAAACUAAAUAAUACACAUUCUUGUGAAGUUUGGAGGGUUUCUGCCAUCACGUCGUGUCAUACAUCAAACUAAACAAUAC